AUGCGGAAAAGGGACGGCGAGCCGCGCAACUCCAACCGCCGCCAUUUAUUUCUUUCCAGUGCUCGACUCGGUCGUAGUGACAGCGCUUUUGAAUGUGACGUGGUUACAACGCUAGUAUGUCUGGCGUUUUCACAUCUGUUGUCAACAAGAAAUAACGUGGAUUAUGCAAGGUGGAAUGAUAUAUGGACAAGUGUUAGUCAG